GCUUAAAGCCUCGGCCGGUGAAUCCAUCAGAUUCACUCAACAGCAUGCUAAAAUAAUCAAUCCAGAAGCAAGGGCCGGGCUGCAUCUCCGGGCGUCGCGCACAUUCCAUGCUCAGGAGCACCUUGGCGCGACGAAACCACCUUCACAGCGCGAGGACCGUACGCGUCCUCGCGCCGCUGUCACAUAUAGUGACUAUGGGCGGCCUGUGCGACAGCUGCUGUCCUCGCCGCGGCAAGGCGGGUAUGUACCGCGACAAGCCUGUGCCUGACUGCCCCUUCUGUGGCAUCGUGGGAGGCGACACCCCCGAGCGCGUGAUCUUCAGGAGCGACCGGCUGAUUGCCUUCCCGAGCAUCCGGCCCCAGGCGGCUGUGCACCUACUGGUUGUGCCGCACUCGCACGUGCCCAACACCGAUGUGCUAGGAGCUGACGACCUGGAGCUCGUCGAGGAGAUGGAGCGAGUGGGGCGCGACCUGCUGGCCAGGACGGCGCCGGCAGGCAGUGAGCUCAAAUUCGGGUACCACGUGCCGCCCUGGCGCUCCGUCGACCACCUGCACCUGCACUGCAUGGCGCUGCCGCACUCGCCGCCCUGGACCGCCGUCAAGUACAUGCUGCCAGGCGUGUGGCUGAGCAGUGCCGACCUGGUGGUGCGCCUGCGGCGGCGGCGGCGGCAGCGGCAGCGGCCGGGACUGCUGCAGCAGGAGGGCGGCGCCGGCGGCGCGGCUGCCUGAUGCGAGGACAGUUGUGGGGCCGAUGGAUUGCGUCUUGGCCAGAUGGAGGAACUCGGAACGGCUUAGAGUCUGGUAGAAUGGCGGGAUGCAGGGUUGCUGCGAUUCAUGGUUUGGGAAUCGUGGGGCUACUGCGGCACGGCCGGCACCGGCGGUGAAGCGGCUGGAGUGCGUGCGACCGUGAACCGCUUGCGGGUGGCGGUGGAAGGGGAUCGACAGGUGAAAAGCAUGUCGUUGGUGCAGGCGAGAUGCAUGGUGCCGUAACUGGUCGGAAACAGAAGCUUGGAUGCAGGAGAAUGCUGUGAACAAGUGUUCCCAGGUCACGGGAAAAGGGGCUGAGCCCCUCCACUCUCUGAAGCCGAACAACCUCAUCGCCCGGCUAUCCUCCCAAAAACCUUCUCUGGUGGAAGCUGUAGUACAUCGGAAAUUAUAGUACUGGACCAGUGUGUGUACGGUGCAUGUCAAACCUAGCUCUGCGUGUACUUCCAUCGUCGCUUCUUUCUGACCCCUA